CAACAGAUGUCAAAUUAACAAUGUCAACCACGACAGUCAACCCAAAAUUCCAGUAAAUAAAACCAAAAUUAACCAAAAAAUGGCUUAAAUGAACAGGAUAAUGUUUUUAAGAACCCUUCUGGGUAGCCAAUUACAAUCAAAAUUAUGCUAUUCGAUGAAAAACAAUAGAAGUUUAAGACCGACUGUGAGAAUCGGCAAGGAUUCAUUUCACUUAAGUAUUAAUGUGAAUAAUUACAACAAGGAUGAGAUUCGAGUGAAAGCACACCCAGAAUACGUGGUCAUUGAAGGGAAACAAGAAAAGGAAACGGAACAAGGUUAUGCUUUAAGACAAUUUAUUAGAAAAUUCAAGUUGCCUGAAGGGUGUAUCCCUUCGCAAAUAACGUGUAGAUUGAGUCCUGACGGGACGUUAAAAAUCGAGGUACCAAGGACUUAUAAGGACGCAGCGACACCCGCUGAAGUUUUUAACGUGCCAAUAUGCUACGGCUCGUUUGUAACUGACAAAGAAGAAAUAGACGCUAAAAAAUGUGAUGAUGAAACAAAAAGCACGACCAACUGUACUGGGUUUCCGAAAGUUAAAUGCAAAUCACGAAAACCGAAGUCCCCGCCCGACGGCGAUGAAUGAAAUAAAUGGAUAGAUUUGCGAACUAAAUAUAAAGAUAUUAUAGAAGACUUUGCAAAGAAAACUUUGGUCUUUUU